AUGGCUCCCUGCAGCCGCUGGGCCCCUCUGCUGCUCCUCGCCUGCUGCCUGGCGCUGCUGGCCGGGCGCCCGGCCGCGGCGGGGCCGGUGCAGCCCACGUACCCUGGCGAUGACGCCCCGGUGGAGGAGCUGCUGCGCUUCUACGACGACCUGCAGCAGUACCUCAGGGUGGUCACGCGGCACCGGUACGGCAAGCGGUCCGGUGGGCGAGCGCUCUGCGAGGAGCCCUAUGGAGCAGUGGGGUGCUGA